CCUUCUCGGUGUGCCAGGAAGCAAUCCGAACAAUAGAGACGACAAUAUUUAUCUCUCAAGGCGCCUAGGAAUGGAGGCAAAAUUGAUUCGUUAAAAGUCUUGAUAUCUGUCGAUUGCGACUUUGCUGAUUAAUUCUACUCGCACCAAUGAUUAGCCUAUUCUUCGCGACAGCUUUUGCACUAAUUCAGGCUGCAUUGUCACAAGGACAAGAUCCCCUCCAGGAUGCAGCCGCGCGGGGUCCAGGUCCAGGUCCGGGUCCGGGUUCGGGUCCCUUUGCGUUUCCAAACUCGACCAGCAACGGCUCCGUGGACGUCUUUGGCGUGCUCUCGCACAGCAAACCCAUCAACGUGCCGUUCCGAGAAGACCACCCGCAAAAGCCCGUAGGCGUGCGCCAAAGGGGCCCGCUGCAGACCAACAAGUUUUAUGCCAAUUUCUUCGCCAACAGGCAGGAUAAUGCGACGUGGACGCACCCGUACUCGGUGUGGUGGUCCAACGACACGGCCAAGCAGGGCCACGGUUUGUCGGUGUCCCACACGGACCGGAGCCAGUUCAUCUACGGGCCGGGAAACCCGGUGCAGUCGUUUCAAGACCCGUUGUUCCGGCAAGCCGUUGCCCUCUCGGCGCAGGAGCUGCAGAACGGUACCGUCUUGACCACGGACGGCUUGACCGCCUUUUCGGUCAAUGUGCACCUGGCUCCGAACAAAAGGGCCAAGCCCGUCAUUUCGUUUCCCCUCGUGCAGGGCAUGGCUUUCGUCACGGGCGUGUAUCGCAGUGCUAGGGUGCUCAUCCAAUCCCAGUCGGGGUUUGUCGGGGUUCAAAGCAUACCGGUCUACCCGGACGGGCUGGGCGCUGCUGUGUAUGGAUGGACUGUCCGACUAGGCGACGGAACAGACUGGCUGAUUUAUAUGACGCCGAGCGGUGGUUUUGAGAGGCCAAACAUGACCAUGGUAAAAAACGGAACCCUAGCGGGGCCGAGAAACUUUUCCGGGACGGUCCAAGUCGCCAAGAAUCCCCUCGAGGAGCAUGGCAUGCGGGUCUUUAAUAGGGCUGCCGGGGCAUAUCCCGUGAGCGCCACAAUAUCGGGAUCGGUUUCGGGCAGGACCGGCACCUACACGUUGAGCUGGAAAAAGGCCGGCCUUCAAUACCGUCCGUUGCUCAUAUUUGCCCUGCCGCACCACGUCAAGUCCUUUGAUCAGAGGACUUCCGAGGGCAUUACCAACGUCACGCUGGCAAGCACCACAAAGGGUAUUGCAACUGCAGUCUUUGCUGAAUCUUUCACAAUGGUAGAGAGAGAACUCCCGACGGAUAUUGGGCUCGACCCGUGGUCGCCAAGACUUGGAUCCGUGGGCUCAAAGAAGGCACCCGGCGGCACCGUCUCGCGCGCAGCCAAAGCCGCCAUCGUGGCUGCUGGCAAGUCGGAGCUUGCCGAGGACAUAAUCAAGCUCACAAACCUCACAUCCAAAUACUACGCGGGGAUUGCCUUUUCCAUGUAUGCGAGGGCGCUGUAUGCCGUAAACAAUAUAGCAGAAGUGACCAACUAUACGGCCGGAGCUCUCAGGAAGCUCGAGGCGGCGUUCGACCGAUACGUUAGAAACCUCGAGCCCAACCCGCUCUUCUACGACAACGUCUGGAAAGGCCUCGUGUCCUCGGCGUCGUACAACAACAGCGACCCGCUGGAGGACUUUGGCAACACCUUUUACAACGACCACAACUUCCACUACGGAUACUACGUCUACACGGCCGCCAUCAUAGCCCACUUCGACCCCUCGUGGCUGACCAGGAACGGCUCCGUCAACAGGAUCUGGGUCGACAACCUCAUCCGCGACUGGUCCAACCCCUCGACCGACGACCCCUACUUUCCCUUCUCGCGCUCAUUCGACUGGUUCCACGGCCACAGCUGGGCGCGCGGCGUGCUCGAGGCCCCCGACGGCAAGGACCAGGAGUCCUCGGCCGAGGACGCCUUUUCGACCUACGCCAUCAAGAUGUGGGGCCGCGCCACCGGCGACGCGCGCACCGAGGCCCGCGGCAACCUGCAGCUGGCCGUCAACGCCCGCAGCCUGCAGUCGUACUUUCUGAUGGCGGACGACAACGACGUGCAGCCGCGCGACUUCAUCGGCAACCGCGCCGUGGGCAUCCUGUUCGACCGCAAGGCGAACCACACCACGUACUUUGGCGACCAGACGACCUUCAUCGAGGGCAUCCACAUGCUGCCCAUCGUGCCGAGCAGCGCCUACGUGCGGCGCGCCCCCUUUGUGCGCCAGGAGUGGGACCAGUACUUUGCCGGCAACCGCACGGGCAACCUGACCGGGGGCGGCUUCGUCGGGCACGUUUAUGUGAACCUCGCCAUUGCGGACCAGGCCGGGGCGGAGGAGAGCUAUCGGUUCAUGAGGGCACAGAGGGCGAACAGCUCGUACCUGGACGGGCAGAGCUUGGCCUGGAACCUGGCUUAUACUGCUGCUCUGGGGGGUAGUCUGGCUAAUAGCACCGCCCCGAGGCUGGCCAAGGCACGAUUUGUUUAAUAACUGUGCAUUGCAUUUGCCUCCAUCGAAGACCAGGGUGAUGGCGGGCUGGCUGGGGAGAGAUUGGGCCUGUUAGCCUUUAGGGCUUUUGACCAGGCCCAUUAUGCGAAAUCAUCGUACUCUGUUUCCAAGAAACGGUGCGUAUAUUAAACACUUAUUUAUCUACAGUUCUACACCAGGUCUUUACAUCCUCCGAAUAUUUUAAUUUAUAUCUCGGUUAAGAGCUAAAAGCCUGUAUCUACUUAUACUACCGGCUCGUCAGGAA